AUGGAAGACCAACGCGACCUCAUCUCCAACCAUGAGCAGAUGCCCAUGCUGGGCCAGCGCCCCGCAGCCCAGGAGAGCAAGUGCAGCCGUGGAGCCCUGUACACAGGCUUUUCCAUCCUGGUGGCUUUGCUCCUGGCCGGCCAGGCCACCACCGCCUACUUCCUGUACCAGCAGCAGGGCCGCCUGGACAAGCUGACAGUCACCUCGCAGAACCUGCAGCUGGAGAACCUGCGCAUGAAGCUUCCCAAGUCCGCCAAGCCUCUGAGCAAGAUGCGGCUCAGCACCCCGAUGCUGGUGCAGGCACUGCCCAUGGAAGGCCCAGAGCCCAUGCAGAACGCCACCAAGUAUGGCAACAUGACGCAGGACCAUGUGAUGCGGCUGCUCCUGAAGGCUGACCCCCUGAAGGUGUACCCGCAGCUGAAGGGGAGCUUCCCAGAAAACAUGAAACACCUUAAGGACACCAUGGAUAGCAUGGACUGGAAGCUCUUUGAGAACUGGAUGCAUCAGUGGCUCUUGUUUGAAAUGAGCAAAAUCUCGCUGGAGGAGAAGCCUUUUGAAGUUCCACCAAAAGUACUGACCAAGUGCCAGAAAGAGGUCAGCCGCAUCCCUGACAUCCACCCGGGCACAUUCAGGCCCAAGUGCGACGAGAAUGGCAACUAUAUGCCGCUCCAAUGCUAUGGGAGCAUCGGCUACUGCUGGUGCGUCUUCCCCAACGGCACCGAGGUCCCCCACACCAGGAGCCGUGGGCACCAUAACUGCAGCGACCCACUGGAAAUGGAGGACCUGUCAUCUGGGCUGGGCAUGUCCAAGCAGGAUCUCGGUCAGGUCAUCCUGUGA